GCUCUGUCCCUCGCCCCCCUUGGUUAGGCUUUGAGUGAAGAAUAUUUGCCCCCCCCCACCCCCCUCGUUUCCCAUUGCUCCCCGUGGACUCGUGGGAAAGCAGCUUCUAGGCCAGCCCCAGAUGUGAAGUGGAGCAAAGCGAAGAUUCUAGUCGUAGGUGGCUCUUGUAGGAUACCAAGGCCCGUGAGUUAAUGUGCUUCCCAUUUCUGGGGGAACCUGAGAGGAACCUGCUGCUGUCAAAAUAAUCAUCUUGCAGGCUGCCCACAGCAGUGCCCCCAAAGGGAUCGACAUCAGGAUCUAGACUAACUCUGGAUGCACCCAGCGUAGCUGACUUUAAUUUUAAUUUUGCAUGUUUUAAAAAAAAACACACAAAAUCAAAUUUGUGGGUGACUGUGGUCUUGGCUGCCUAAGAUCAACAAACAAAGCAACAGAAUUCUUUCCAUUGGGUUUUUAAUGAAGAAUGAGAAUACGAAAAUAGCUCUUCGUAUCAUACCUAUCAGUAUGUGGAGUCAGAAAAUCAUUCCCAAAACUGGUGCUUUGGGGAGCACGGGUGCACAGUGCACUUGGGGGUUGAGCUGUGCACCUUAUUUUCGGAAUAGAAUGCUGUGUUAUUUGAUUAUAAAAAUGAAAUAUCCUGGGAAUAGUUAAUUUUGAAACAAGGAAACAAAACUACCACCAUGUCGUGUAAUUAAGGUGGAUGUGUAGGCUUAAUAGACAGUGCGAAAUUUGAUUCUGAAGUCCUGAGGAUUUCAGGAAAAAGUUGGUGUAGAGAUACUUCCUUCUGUCUCUUUUCCUCUUAAAAUAGUACCUAUUAAAGACAGUGGUUCAAGAGGAAGUUGACUCCUACAGAUACUCAAGAAAGACCAGUUGCGUGCGCAAUAUCGGUUGUCAGUAAUCCCAUAGUAAAAUUACUUCAAGUUCUGGCAUAAAUUCUGGAAAUAGAGAAUGAGUGUCUAUUCUGUCUGUAUGCCAGUCUCCCCUCGUAGUAGAUGCAGCCACUUUAAUAGUGCCAGCAGUCUGGAAUUUUUUCCCAGUGCCCAUUCUGACAUUGAUGAUGAUGAUAAGGUGGUGGAAAGGGUGGAGCGACGGUCCAAACAUAAAGGAAAGAAGGGGUUGUGGACUAAGGGAAAGCCACGCCAUAAAAAACUGGUACUGUCUAAAAAAUUUGUUAAAGAUCUGGGUCCGGCAGGUGCUGUUGAAGCUGCUUGUGCUGCAGCUGCAGUAGUCGAGCCUGCUGCUCCGGAGCAAGAUGGAAAGAGCUUCUUUAUCGAGAGCAAUACAGUAAAACAGGUUCUGUUGCCUGGUACGAGAGCAAAGACUUCAAUUGUGUGGAAUUUUUUCCGCGUUGAUCCCCAGUAUACUUGUCGUGCUAUCUGCAGCAUAUGUAAAAAAAGCGUCAGCCGUGGCAAGCCAGGCACCCACCUUGGCACAUCAACACUUCAACGGCAUCUCCAAGCAAAGCAUUCUGUGUACUGGACUGUGGCUAAUAAACUAAAUGCUGCUGGUGAAAACAGCAUAGGGGAGGAGGAAUAUGCCUUUAAUGUGCCUUUAUCACCUGUCUGCCCAGAUAGCAGAUUUAGCAGUUUCAGCAGCAAUGAGAAUUUGGAAUAUAUUCCUAAUGUUCAGUGUGACAGUGACGGGGCCGAAGAGGCACUAGGCCAGUUUUCUACAAAAAAAAGAAGAAAGAAAGGGCUGCAGAUUAAUGAGUUACACCCAGGAAAACCAGAGCAUUCCAAAAAAAUUGCCAAAGAUGUGGGUCCCACAGGUGCAAUGACUACAGCCGGUGCAGCCGCAGCAAUAGAGAGAGAGAAUUUUCUCAUUGAAAGCAAUAUGGCCAAACGUGUCCUGAUGCCAGGAACCAGGACCAAGACAUCAGCAGUUUGGAACUUCUUCUACAUUGAUCCUCAGAAUACCUGCAAGGCUGUUUGUAAUGUCUGUAAAAAGAGUGUCAGUCGAGGCCGGCCAGGCACUCACUUAGGCACCUCCACGCUGCAAAGGCAUCUGCAGGCCAUGCAUCAUCUACACUGGGCCAUGGCCAACAAAUCAAAUGGCACUACUGGUACCGGUUUAGAUGAAGAAGCAGUAGAGGAUUUUUCUAUUGGUCCCAGGGAGAUGGACUUGUCACUUCUCUGUCCCAGAAGUAUUUCAAGUUAUUUCUUGUCUCGGAGGGAUAAACUUCCAGCCAGUUACAGUUUAAUACCUCAAGGCCUGGAUAUCCAUACUCCAAAUUUAUUUCCUAAGCCAAUGCUUGGUAAAAAAAAGGCCGUAAGUCCCAACUUCAGGACGCCGCAAGACUCUCAAACAUCCACUGCUGAGAAGAAAAUUGAAUACCAUGAAAUACCAAUUGCGCAACAGAUAAACAGGGCUAUUACAGAACUGAUUAUUGAGGAUAUGCAACCCUAUUCAUUUUUUUCUACCCUGGCUUUUCAGAGAUUAAUGCAGAUAGUGGCACCAGGUUAUCAUCUGCCAUCAAGAACUUACUUUUCCACAAAGGCUGUGCCCCGGUUAUACAGUGUGGUGAGAGAAAAGGUUUUCAUGUCUCUUAAGAAAGCUGAGUGCAAAAAAGUUCACUUAACCAUUAAUAUGUGGACCCAUGAACCAAGCACAGACUAUCUGGCAGUGAUAGCCCAUUGGGUGUCUUUUGAAAUGCUGCUGUCUUCCUCUCACAGUGCCAGCAGAACUCCCAGUUGCAGGAAGCAGGCAGCUCUUUGUGUAACUGGCUUUACUAAAGAUUAUGCAGCAGACAGUAUUUUACAAGAACUAAAUUACCAAAUUGGUGUGUGGCUUUCCCCCAAUUCCCUCACCCCUGGCUUCAUAGUUUCAGAUAACGCUGCCAGUGUUGUGCGUGCAGUGAGAGAUGGAGACUUGACCCAAGUGCCAUGCUUUAUAUUUUGUUUAAGUUCAGUAAUUCAGGACUUCCUCUGUGAGCACAAAAGCACAGGGAGCAUGUUAGCAACUGCUCGAGAAAUUUGCAAGCAUUUUAAUCAUUCUUUUAAGGCCCGUCAAAUUUUGCAGGAGUUCCAGCAUGCAAACCAUCUUCCACAGCACAACUUGAAGAAGGAGGUAGCCACCCAGUGGACCUCCACCUUUUAUAUGCUGAAGCGACUUUUAGAACAGCAGAAAGCAGUGCAUGACUAUUGCAUGCAACAUCAUGCGGGAAGGGUGGGUGGAGUCAUCCUCACCUCAUUUCAAUGGUGUCUGAUGGCUCACCUGUGUGACAUCCUUGAGCCAUUUGAAGAAGCCACUCAGGAAGUGAGCAUGUGCACUGCAGGGCUUAGUCAGGUGCUGCCAUUAGUUCACCGCCUGCUCCUGACUCUGCAGAACAUGCGAAAAGACUUUCAGAUUAAAGGUGCCACUGUAGCUCUAGGGUUGGUGGAUGACUUGUGUGUAAGGCUCGAAACUGACACCCAACUGAGUGCUGUGCUCAGAUCUGAGCAUUAUAUCUUGGCCACGUUAUUAGAUCCCUGCUUUAAAGACAACUUAGAAGAAUACCUUCCUCAAGGUACUGACUUGAUAAACUAUAAGCAGAUCCUUAUUGAAACAGUAUGUGAACAUAUGUGCAAUUCAGUGGAGGGUUGUUCGUUGGAAGCUACAGAAAUAUCAGGCCAUUCAUCACUUGUAGAAACCGAUCCUUUUGCUCUUUGCUUUAAGGAAGAUUACUCUGGUUCAGGUCUUGUCAGUGGCUCCUCUUCGAGUGUUGCAUCUUUGAUUGGCAAGAAGAGGCUGUUGUGCCCCUCAGCUGCAGUGGUGGUAGAAGAGUACUUUCAAGACAAGUCUCCGGGGAUAGCCAUUAAAGAUGACCCCUUGAUUUAUUGGCAGGGGAAACUGAGAAAGUGGCCUGCAUUAACCCAAGUAGCUAUUCAAUAUCUCAGCUGCCCACCCUGUAGUCUACAUUCUGGAUGUGUCUUCAGCACAGCCAGACACCUCAUUUCCGAACACUGUGCUAGUCCAGGUUUUGACAACAUUGAACAGUUAAUGUUCCUUAAAAUGAACUUAAAAAGUAUUAAUUAUGACUAUUCUACUCUGGCCUUGGGCUUUGAUACAGAGGAUGAGAUCACUCAGAGUAGCGAAGAUGAGAUGUAUUAGCCAGAGCUGAUAGUUUCCGUUUGUUCUAUGCUUUGGACCACUUGAAGUGCUGGGACUUGUGCUGCUAUAUACUGUUCUUGUACAGUUAUUAUCUAGCACUUGUGCUUUCCAUCUUCAGAGCACUAGAUCCUAUAUGAUAUCCUCCAAAUGCCCCGGAGAGGUGUGUAAAUAAGCAUUAUGUUCAUUUUGCAGACCAGAAAACUGACUCCUGACUUAGUGAGAAAGGUAGGAUGAAAAUUGGGAGCUCCUGAUUUUGUGUUCAAAUUGUCCUAAUAAACACUGCAUAGGAUUUUUAUAUAAACAUUAAUGA